AUGUCACUUCCUCCAGAGCGCAUCAGUGUCAAGCGCAGACGGCAAGAAGAACCGGUCGAGACUCUCUACCUCGAGCGUGGCGAUGGCACGGAGAAGAAGCGGAGGGUGACAGAUUACUAUUUCCAGCGCGUUCGAAAUGAUACAAUUGCACCUAUUUCCCAGCGGGAUACGACGACGUCGCAAACCGUGUGGUCAAAGCCUCCGGCUCCCGGUGUUCCUCCAAUCCGUUUGACAACACUUGAGGGCCAGAAGGAGGAUGCUUCAACGCCCAAGGCGGCUGUCAAAGCAAAAGCUAAUUCCGGAGACGAAGAAAACCACAAGAUACCGGGUACACCCAGUGCGCCUGCGAGUAGCAAGUCGGCCCCGACCACGCCCGCCGGUAGCCAGCCGGCACAUCAGGCACGUCGUUUCCACCUCGCCCGUCAUCUAUCAUCAGUCCUGAGCCCGCACACCUCGGGCGGCAUUCGGAAAUCCAAACACUUUAUCCGACCUCCUCUCGCCACGUUCAUUGAGAGACACGGAGCGGUUUUCGACCAUGAGCAGAAUCCUCUAUAUCGUGGUCAACCUGUUGAUAAAAUGCUGGAAGUGCCAAAGGAGGAGAACUCACGACGCACAAUACCUGGAGAAGGCGAAGAGCCGACUCUCGAUACUCUGAGUGCCUUUACGCGAAGUCCAACGAGCACAUUUGUCCAAGCACGCCCCAAAACAAUAAGGAACGGCACUUCCAUCCGAGACCAUCCUAGCACCUGGGACUUGGAGUCUGAUCAACUCGCAGACGAGCUUGCUGCUCUAGCAAUGGAAUUCGACCCAGAGUUGAAGGACAAGGUCGAGGUCGAGGCCUCAAAAGAGCGCCCUGUCUCUCCUCCCCCGGCCCCUCGAGACGUCGCCAUGACCACUCAUAGCCAGGAAGAUGGUUACAUCUAUGAGACUUACAUCCGCGUGCCCUACGAUGGCGAUGCAGGUGACACUACAAACCUUCAGACAGAUUAUGGCAUUCUUGUUAUCGACGAAGAAGAUGAAGAUUUGUGGCAAAAGUACGUCGACAGCGAGGAUGAGACCGAUUGGGAUGAAGAAGACUCUAACGCCGAGGACAACCCCGCCAAUGACUACCCAGAAGACGAGGUCUCGUCUGACGAUGAGUUCAGCUAUAAUGCGUACAAGUAUCGGGCGUAUGGAUCUGAUCAAGAGGAGCUCGACGACAAAUAUGACUGA